CACGCGUCCCACGACUCGGUGGCUGGAUCCCAGUUAUAAAGUACUAGAUAUCUUCGACGCAGUACCCAAGCGCAUUCCACUGAAACCCAUAUUCAUAGCCAUCAUCUUUGUCCCAACUAUGCCUGGCAGCCAAGGUAUCUCUGACGACAAUGGUAUGCCUAACGCCGAUAAUAUACCAAUGGGACCGAUAAUUCCCAAUGGGCAAGCAGCGAGACCUAGUGAUCCGGAGAACGGCAAUCCAAAUGGGAAUGGCAACCCGAUUCCACCGCUCAGAGCGACGCCCAGAGAGAGAUGUCGAAUGAUCGGGCAACGUUUCAAAUGGUUCAUAAAACAAAAUUUCCUUGAGCUUGGCAUCUCAAUUGUGGCAUUGGUUUUCGGCAUUCUAUCUCUACUUGCUUCUUGGAAAGCGCUAGACAUUGCCAAGGCUGCAUACAGUCAGGGCUAUUAUGCUUAUGAAGCCCAGAAGAUUGGAAAUCGUCUCUCCUUUAUGCAGCUAUGCGCUCUUAACCUUACGAAGUAUGCAGACACUUGCGCGAAAGUUGAUACUUGGAACUACCUCCCAUACGUUUACGACGUCGUCUAUCCAGGUGGAGGAGGCGUCCCAGAAGGCCAGCCUCCAGUGCAACUGGCUUUCGGCGCGGGGGGGGCUGCUGCAGUCUUAGGAGGUACGGCCGGUGUGGUUUUCGUGAUCUCAAUCGCCAUGCUGGCCUGGGCUAUCUGAAGGCACCCUACUGGAGUAAGAAAGGCCGCUCUAUAUAGGAAGGCUACGCUACGUAUGAGAGACACCAUCUGUUUAAUUUUCCUUGUUAAAGUUAGAUGACAUAAUAAAGGCGCAAUCGAGUUGCGUAGCAGGAAGUCUCAGGUAGUGCAGGUGCCAUACGCAUCCAGCAUUGGUGGCGGCUGCAGCGGGCGCGGAACUGGAACCAUGUGCUCUGGACAGUCCCCUGAGCUUGUUAGGACCUUGAGCGCGGCAUGUAUUCAACGAUAUCUGGCAUAAGUAGUCGGCAGCACACUUUUGUAGAGAAUGAUUGGCUGAAAUCCCUGUAAUAGUCUGUGUUUUCUUCCUUGUAAGCCGUUACGCCACAGUCUCCACCCACACUAGUUAUGCCUACUCGCCCCACGCACUACCGAGCUUCGCUCGGUAGUGCUACCAGGCUCAAUGAAAAAACC